GCCACCCCCCUGAGCGUGUGAGUGCUCCCUUCCAAGUGCCUCAGCCCGUAGGCUCCGGGGCAGCCAUGUUGUGUAGCUGUCAGUCCUGACUCUCACUCCAUCCCUCUGCCCCCUCCCUCCGCUCUAUCCUCCCGCCUCUCUUUACUCCCCAGGGAGACUGCGCGGCCCCAGCCCAGACGGAGCCAACAACCUCCAGAGCUGCCCGAGUAACGGAGCUUGCGGGAGGAGGCGCCCAGGCCUUCUUACAGGCAAGAACCAUCCAUUUGUGAGGGAGAAGAAAAGCGGCUGUGAAAAUGCCGAAACCGAUCAAUGUACGGGUCACUACUAUGGACGCAGAGCUGGAAUUUGCCAUCCAGCCAAAUACAACAGGCAAACAACUCUUCGACCAGGUGGUAAAAACAGUCGGUCUGCGUGAAGUGUGGUUCUUUGGACUUCAGUACGUGGAUAGCAAGGGUUACUCUACAUGGCUGAAGCUCAACAAAAAGGUAACACAGCAAGACGUUCGAAAAGAAAACCCUCUUCAGUUUAAGUUCCGAGCAAAGUUUUUCCCAGAGGACGUGUCAGAAGAGUUAAUUCAAGAGAUCACCCAGAGACUUUUCUUUCUGCAAGUGAAAGAAGCCAUAUUAAAUGAUGAGAUUUACUGCCCUCCCGAGACGGCUGUCUUGCUGGCUUCCUAUGCCGUUCAAGCCAAAUAUGGAGACUAUAGCAAAGAGGCCCAUAAACCUGGGUACCUGGCCAAUGACAGACUACUUCCUCAACGCGUUCUGGAACAGCAUAAACUGACAAAAGAACAAUGGGAAGAAAGGAUACAGACUUGGCACGAGGAACACAGAAGCAUGUUAAGGGAAGACUCUAUGAUGGAACAUUUGAAGAUUGCGCAGGAUCUGGAGAUGUACGGAGUAAAUUACUUUGAGAUCAAAAACAAAAAGGGAACGGAGCUCUGGCUGGGUGUCGAUGCGUUGGGUCUAAAUAUUUAUGAGCACGAUGACAAGUUGACACCUAAAAUUGGAUUUCCCUGGAGCGAAAUCAGAAACAUUUCAUUUAAUGACAAAAAGUUUGUUAUAAAGCCGAUUGACAAAAAGGCUCCGGACUUUGUCUUUUAUGCACCCCGUUUAAGAAUCAACAAACGUAUCCUGGCUCUGUGCAUGGGAAACCACGAGCUCUAUAUGAGGAGAAGGAAACCUGACACAAUUGAAGUCCAGCAGAUGAAAGCUCAGGCUAGAGAAGAAAAGCAUCAAAAACAGCUGGAGAGGGCACAACUAGAAAAUGAAAAGAAGAAAAGAGAAAUAGCGGAGAAGGAGAAAGAGAGAAUAGAGCGUGAAAAGGACGAACUUAUCGAACGCCUCCGGCAAAUCGAAGAGCAGACAGUAAAAGCUCAGAAAGAAUUAGAAGAACAAACACGUAGAGCCUUGGAACUAGAUCAAGAGAGAAAAAGAGCAAAAGAAGAAGCCGAGCGUCUGGAGAAGGAACGACAAGCUGCAGAGGAAGCCAAAGCUGCCCUGGCAAAGCAAGCUGCCGACCAGAUGAAAAAUCAAGAGCAGCUGGCCGCUGAACUUGCAGAGUUUACAGCCAAGAUUGCCUUACUUGAAGAAGCAAAGAAGAAAAAGGAAGAGGAGGCAUCUGAGUGGCAACACAAAGCAUUUUCUGCUCAGGAAGAUCUGGAAAAGACCAAAGAAGAGCUAAAGAUUGUCAUGUCCGCUCCUCCUCCUCCUCCCCCACCAAUUCUUCCCCCUCCACCGGUUGCCCCUAUGGAGAAUGAACAUGACCACGACGAGCAGGACGAGAAUAAUGCUGAGGCCAGUGCGGAACUAUCCUCUGAAGGGGUCAUGAACCACAGAAGCGAGGAAGAGCGACUGACAGAAUCUCAGAAAAACGAGAGAGUAAAGAAACAGCUACAGGCAUUGAGUUCUGAGCUGGCUCAAGCAAGAGACGAAAACAAGAAAACGCAGAAUGACGUCCUCCACGCUGAGAAUGUGAAGGCCGGACGAGACAAGUACAAGACACUCCGCCAGAUAAGGCAGGGCAACACCAAACAGCGUAUCGAUGAGUUUGAGGCACUGUGAGACUCUUGCUGUGCUAUACAUUCUACAGUAUGCCCAACCAUCGCUGUAAGAAAUAGGCCUUUGCAGAAGUGACGGUGCCCCAUCUUGCCAAAGCACUUGUACCGGUCUGACUGUGGAUGUUAGAUCUUAACCGAGACCAUAAGAGGAGAAUAACGUUUCUUUAGCCCCUUUUGAUUUCAUCCUAUAAGAUCAUAUCAGAUUGUUGUUUAUGUACUUCUAUUUGUACUAUUUUUGUCUGGAAAGUAGGCAUCCGCUACAAAAGGAAGACUUCUAAUUUCAAGCACCAAAAUAUGACGUGGCUUGUUCUUAGACUGUCUAUUUUUGUGCAAGAUUUAUAGGGAUUGGCUAUUUAUUGUUUCUUUUCAUAAUUCUUUACCCAUCUGCUUGAAAAAACAAAAUAAGGAUUAUAAUUUGCCUUUGUUCCCUUCUCCAUAUACAAAUAUUCAGGUUUGGGCUAUAGUGACGACAUGUUCCAUAUUGUAGCAAUAAAACACUUUUUUCAGGUUUAUUGUAUAGGUCCCAAAGCAGUGAGCAGCAAAUUACUACCUCACUUAAAGGGGUUGUUCCCCUUUAAAUUAUAUUUUAGCAUGAUGUAGAGAAUUGGUUUUUAUUAUUUGUGGUUUUUGAGUUAUUUAGCUUAUUUGCAAUUUCUGCAUUAAGGUUGCUAGGGUCCAAAGUACCCUAGCACCCAUGCACUGAUUUGAACAAGAGACUGGGAUAUGAAUAGGAGAGAGGCCUGAAUAGAAAGAUGAGUAAUAAAAAGUAAUAAUAACAAUUCAUUACAGAGUAUUUGAUUUUAGAUGGGGUCAGUGACCCCCAUUUGAAAGCUGGAAAGAAUCAGAAGAAAACUGCAAAUAAUUCAAGAACUAUAACCAAGUUGCUUAGAAUUGGCUAUUCUAUAACAUGCUAAAAGUUAACUUAAGGGUGAACCACCCCUUUAAUAAACUAUGACCAUGACUAUGGUCUGUCACCUCGUACAGGUAUGGGAUCUGUUAUCCAGAAACUCGUUAUCCAGAAAGCUCUGAAUUACAGAAAGGCCGUCUCCCAUAGACUCCAUUUGAUCCAAAUAGUCCCAAUUUUUUUUAAAAUGAUUUCCUUUUUCUCUGUAAUAAUAAAACAGUAACUUGUACUUGAUCCCAACUAAGAUAUAAUUCAUCCUUAUUGGAAGCAAAACCAGCCUAUUGGGUUUUAUUUCAUGUUUACAUGAUUUUCUAGUAGACUUAAGGUAUGAAGAUCCAAAUUACAGAAAGAUCCAUUAUCCGGAAACCCCCAGUUCCAAAGACUCUGGAUAACAGGUCCCAUACCUGUAAUAAUAGAUUUUACUCACUAUGGCAAAGAUGUCCAACCUUCAUUAAACUACAAUUCCCAGCAUCCACCUGACAGCUGAAGGUUGGACUUUACCUACUCGCUCGAGUUUAAGGUAAUAUUUUGUAUUUUUUACAUUUUGUUUAAAGCUAUUUUAGUGCUUAUCACUGUUUAACUGCCUCUAUAUUCAUUGGUAAGGUAUAUUAUAUUAUUUUAUAGACAAACUAUAUACAUUUAUUACAUGUUGCAGUUAUAUUUACCCGUUUCUCUUUAUACCAUCGCUGUUACAAUCCUGAAGGCAUUUUUUUUUUGUUACCUCGUUAUAGUGUUAAUUAAAAUAGUUUAAUUAUGCUUAUUUUUUCCAGUUAUGAAGAAUAAUCUUACCAAUGGGGAAAAUAUCUGUACUAGAAACAAUGUAUGGAAAUGUGUGUCAUUGAGAAUUGUUUUUUUUUUUUUCAUGAAUCCCAUUUAAAAUGCAAUAUAUGUUAUUUAAUUUUCUGUAGAUAAACAUUUAUUAGGCUGCUUCCAGCUUCAGAAUUACGGAAAGGAUCUUAUAGGUAUUCCCACCUGGUAAAUCAUGUUUGCAGGAUUAAAAGGCUCUGCUGAGCAUGUUUGCAAUUUG